CGCAUCAACACAGUUUCGUGAUUUUGGAGGGAAAUGGUGUUUUUCGAAGGAUAAUUGGAAUCCUGCGGUGUUUCGCGGGAUAUUUUUUGCACCUACCUGGACAAUCAUGGACCCGAAUAUCCAUGAGUUAGUGCGGCAAGUGUUUGCCGAGACAAGGAGAAUCGAAAACGCGUUGCAUUUCAUGACAAACUCUACCGCAGCGGAUCCCUUGCUGGAAAGCGAAACCGAAGGAGCCGGCACAAGAGGUGUCUGGUCGAAACGAAACAAAACUUACAAACCCCCAGAGUUCACCGCACCACCCGGCACUACCACCGACGACCAGCCAAGCGCUGCGAAAAGACGGAAACUUGAGAGCGAAUCGUUGGAGCCGAUAAACGUAGAGAAGCUGCUAAAUCCAAGCUCUACAAAAACCGCAGCUGUACCAAGCGCCACGGAAACGGACAAAGCCCUAGGAACCGUCGAGGCGAUAUUGCAGAAGGCACUAGAGGUUGUAUGGCUAGCGACCACCCCACCGACACUGAAGCAUCCGAUGCCGUUCAAUCCCGUGCGGAAUUUGAUCGAACUGCAGCGGCUGGAAAUAAAGGCGGACGGUGGAAAACUGCUGAAACCUGUCGUGAGGGCGAUCGGCGAUAUCAAGGGAAAUGGCCGGGUGGUUGGUUGCCGAAUAGUGGACUUCUUUUUCGAAAGGGCCUUCCUGUUGCAGUGUGAUUGGUUUGCGAACGAGAAAGCUACCGAAUCGCGGACGAUCCCACUGUCGGAAUACACCAACACGAUCGCACUUUUCCACGAGACGAUCCUUCGGUCUGACCCGGACUUUACGCUGGAAGACACGGAGCUGUUUUUGCAAUCUUGCUUGGUGGAAAUAAGGAAAAAAGAGGAACAGGACGCAUGUCCUGAGACUACAGAGGACAUUGGCGAGGAAGAGGAACACCUGGAUCAGAGCAUCGUAAUCGAAGAGACCGUGGUUAGCGAAAGUGAAAUCGAGGAAGUUGCGGUGCCAUGGUGGACAUAGGGACAUUAUGGUUGGUAGAUUAACUGAGCACAACCGUACAAAUAGGUCAAAUAAACGUAGAAUCUG